CAACGCUUUUCCGCGUCCUUGAAUUCGCAAUGGCUUCUGGGAAUCCGAGGCUCUACGGUUGAAGAACGACCGCCCUUUUUGGAGCAACGAGAGAAGAACAGCGCUACAUGAGUCGAGGGAAAUAUUAUCGCAAAACAACUUUCUGAAGCAUUGUAACCAUACUGCAGAAAAGGAUAAGGUCAAUAAUGGCGGCUGAGGUGGAGGUGGAGCUGGAGGGCGAUGAGUACCCAGCGCAUUACAAAGUCAUGAUGGACAAACUUAAUGAACAACGGCAGCUAGACCAGUUCACGGACAUUACCUUGAUUGUGGAUGGACAUCAGUUCAGAGCCCACAAAGCAGUGUUGGCAGCAUGCAGUCAGUUUUUCCAUAAGUUCUUUCAGGAUUUUACCCAAGAGCCACUGGUGGAGAUAGAAGGAGUGAGUAACACAGCCUUUCGCCAACUGAUGGAGUUCACUUACACAGCAACAUUAGUUGUAGUUGGAGAGGAGGAUGCUUUUGACGUCUGGAAGGCUGCAGAAUACCUCCAAAUGCAGGAGGCCAUCAAAGCGCUCAACAAUAAGAUACAUGAAAAUCCAUCGCUGACGGCAAAGAGCAAAGGCAAAAAGAGGAAAAUAGCUGAGACAUCCAAUGUGAUUACAGAAACCCUACCUUCAGUGGAAGGGGAACAGGUGGAGAUUGAGGUAAUAGGGGAAGGGGCCAUCGAAGUGGAGGAGACUGGACUGGAGGAGGUGGUGGAUGCAGCGAGGAAUGCUCAGGCGUCAGAUGACUCUGCUUUGGCCCUUCUGGCUGACAUAACCAGCAAGUAUCAACAAGGGGAACCUGCGCUACAUAUCAUUAGGAAGGAAGGAAUAGAGGAGGAGGUUGUGUAUCAGGAGGAAACAGUGACUGCCUCAAAAGUGUUGGAGAAUGUCGAGGUCGUAGAAGUCCAGAUUUCCCAAGUGGACAACAUGUUUCGCUGCAACAAGUGUGAUCGAAGCUUCAAGUUAUACUACCACCUGAAACAGCACUUGAAAACACACCUGGGCUCGCUGGAAAAACCCCACGUGUGCGACCACUGCGGGAAAGCCUACACGCGAGAAGGCGCCUUGAAGCAGCACAUCAACACGUUUCAUUUUGAUGCAGAAGAGUUGUCUCAAAACCAGAAACCCCAGAAGAAAGUACAUGUUUGUGAAUACUGUAAAAAGCACUUUGACCACUUCGGCCACUUUAAGGAGCACUUGCGGAAGCACACUGGUGAAAAACCUUACGAGUGUCCAGCUUGCCAUGAGCGAUUUGCAAGGAACAGCACACUGAAGUGCCAUAUGGCAGCCUGUCAGGAUGGGGCCGGAGCCAAGAAGGGACGCAAGAAACUCUACGAAUGCCAGGUCUGCAGCAGUGUAUUCAACAGAUGGGACGAGUUCAAAGACCAUCUUGUGAGCCACACAGGCGACAAGCCAAACCACUGCACCAUGUGUGACCUGUGGUUUACCCACCCCAAAGAACUAAAGACCCACCUCAAACACGUGCACUCCAUUGAGGACGACAAAUCAAUAGAAGAAGUAGUCAUCACCGACUCUGUCGCCUCCGCCGCACUCGCUAUCGCAACCCAGAGCAUAGAAGGGACGGAAACUGUCCUGCUGGAUGACGGGAUCCAGGUGGAACACGUCACAGUGGAGCCCGUGGACGUGAUGGAGAUGGAGAUGGAGGAGACUACGACAAUGUUGGUGGAGGACGGAGGGGUGACGGAGAUGUGUGAGGAGGACGUGGAAAGAUUAAAGCAGGCCGGGGUGCAAAUCCAGGUGGUGCAUGUGACCACAACUGAAGUGGAUGGGCAGCAGGUGGUGAACUCUCAGGUAGAGGUGGAGGGUGAAAUGGUGAGCGUUGAAGCAGAACAAGCAGGGGAGGCAUGAGAAUGUGGACAGGACAGUGUUUUAAAAGACCUGCAGGACACACUUUGAGUGCUGAACGACUUUCCUUUAGCUGACUUGUUUUCCAUAAAGGACGCUACAUGUGGGAUACAGCAUGUCACCCCCACAACAGCUCUCACUCUUUUAACACGGACUUAUGAAACAAGUGAUUGGGAUGUAUCCUUUCCUUGCUAAUGAUCCUUUAUCUAUUUUAAAGCGGCUUGCCAUAAUUUCACAUAUUCUUGACUCUUCAGUUCAGUGCUUCUGAAAUGAAUUCUGAUGACUUUUUCUCCAUGUCCUUUUUUUUUUACCUCAAAUAUAUAAUGUUCUUCUAGUUUGGAUCACUUGCCAAGACAAUUUGACAUGGAAUGAAAAGUUUUGGUUGCAUGUUUGGUACUGAUAUUCCUCAGUGCUAACGCUACAGGUUUGUUUAAGCUUAUUUUUCUACUGACUUGAUGUUUUUGUAGUAAAAUUCAUAUGGAAUAAAAUUGGUUUCCAGAAUGGGCUACACGUCUAUACAUGUCA